GGAUACGCGAGGGUUGCAGAUUUUGCUCAUGUUACAUAACAUUGUACCCCGUUUUUCAACAAAGCUUGGUGGAGAUGCGGGAUGUAAAGCGGAAGGGUUCAGUGGUAGGUAGGUAUUGAAUUCACGAACCCUACCACUGAGAAUCAGGCUAUUGGUCCAAAAGGCAACUGGGAGUCUCAGAUCCUGCAUACCAGCCGGUUCUACAAGGAGGCAUGCUUGAAGCUAUACCAAAGUGUCAGAAACCCGGAUACGUCCACUCUCAAUGCCCAAUCAAUGAUUCGAAGGCGGGAUCUGCGCGGGAGACCGUUUGACCUGGGAAUGUCUCUUCAAGCGGGAUAUGCUCAUAUCGCCAAGUUCUCCUCCAUAGUUAGGUUUCCUCAGCCAUUUCUCCCUAAAGCACUGCCACUGCCCAAGCAUCAGCUCCCAGCACGGCCCCCAGCCGAGGUUUGCGUCCGUGCAAGUGCCGUGGCCCCUUCUGUCACUUCCCCAACGUCCCAGAAGUCACACAGGCUGCACUUUGACACGAUGCCCGCCAUGUCAGCCCACGCAGAGCAUGCAGAGCAGCUGGGGAAGUUCCCGGAAAACAGGGCUAGUCCAUCGCCAACCUCGGACUUAGCCCCCUCACGCGAUGUUCACGACGAUCUUGAUGGCUCAACUGAUGCGCCCUUUUGUCCAGACGCCUCGCGAUACAUAUCGUCACCCAGCGUAUCCAACCCCGACGAAAUUUGGCAAGAGUUUGUUUCCAAGCGGCGGACGAACAAAGUGGCAUUCCGGUCGACCCGAUGAUCCUCACCAAUAAUGGCCCCUAUAUCCUGAUCCGCCACCACUUCUGCGCGAGCUCCCUGCCCAGCAUCGACACUUCAACACACACAAAGAGCAGGAAGGAUACUCUGGUUCAGAUAACCCGCUACCGGACUGGUCAUGCGCC